AUGCUCACCGAACUCCUCGGCAAAAUCAUCCAUAAAGAACCUAAGAAAGUUUAUGACAAAAAAAGCCCUUUCUAUGGUCAAGCUUAUUAUAAACUCAAAGUCUUAACUGAAGACCAAGAAAAACACGCUUUUUUUGCUUAUCCUAAUCUAGUCACCCCCCCACUUGAAAAACCAUUGUCUACAGCCAAUUUACCAACCAAACUACCGUCUACUUGGCUUAAUCAGCCAACUAUCGGUUUAAAGGAUCAGUCUACCGAUGCUUUAAGGAUUGUCGACCAGGUUGUAGACCAUCUGCAAACUGUCGACCUGAAAAAAGUUGUCGACUGGGUUGUAGACAUUGAAGCAGUUGUAGACAAUGCUUCUUUAAAAGUUGUAGACUGCCAAGCCGUUGUCGACAAUAGCUUUCAGGUUGUAGACAAUCUCAGCCACUUAAUCCAAUCUUGA